UCGUCAUCUUUGCAAGAUCUAAGCGAAGAAGAAAAUACCUUCAAACAUAUAAAGAAGCAAAACGAAGAAACAGUGAGAGAGAAAGAAAUGGCGAGCUUAACUAGUAAUAAGCCUAGAAACUUUGGUGCGUAUAGUCACUACGCUACUCCCUGCACUCGCACGCACCAGAUUGGAGCUCUUUUUCUCGUCGUCUCUACCUUCUUCGUCACUAGGCUUUUCGAUCAGUGGUUCUCAGAAUCCAAUUCCGUUUCUCCGGUGAUUGAUCUCCGCCGUACUUCUUCUUCUUACGGAAUCACGACUUAUAACGGUAUUCUACGGUGGCCGGAGCGAGGGUAUGGGUCUCACCUUUCGCUGAAGAUCUUCGUUUAUGAUGAGAAUGAGAUCGACGGUCUUAAAGAGCUAUUGUACGGUAGGGAUGGUAGUGUUAAGACCACCGCAUGCUUGAAAGGUCAAUGGGGAUCUCAGGUUAAAAUUCAUAAGUUGCUUUUGGAGUCCAAAUUUAGGACGAUUAAGAAAGAUGAAGCGGAUUUGUUCUUUGUGCCAGCUUAUGUUAAAUGUGUGAGAAUGUUGGGAGGUCUUAAUGACAAGGAGAUCAAUCAGACCUAUGUUAAGGUUUUGAGUCAAAUGCCGUAUUUCCGAAGAUCUGGUGGUCGUGAUCAUAUAUUUGUUUUUCCGAGUGGUGCUGGAGCUCACUUGUUUAGAUCCUGGUCAACAUUUAUCAACCGCUCUAUUAUCCUCACUCCCGAGGCUGACCGGACUGACAAGAAAGACACAACUGCCUUUAAUACAUGGAAAGAUAUAAUCAUACCAGGAAAUGUUGAUGAUGCUAUGACUAAAAAUGGACAACCUGAUGUUCAGCCUUUGCCUCUGUCAAAGAGGAAGUAUUUAGCAAAUUAUUUAGGUCGUGCCCAAGGGAAGGCUGGUCGACUUAAAUUGAUUGAACUAUCAAAGCAAUAUCCAGAUAAGUUAGAAUGUCCAGACUUGAAGUUUAGCGGAACCGAAAAGUUUGGAAGGACAACAUAUUUUGAGCAUCUGAGGAACGCCAAGUUCUGCCUCGCUCCUCGUGGGGAAUCAUCAUGGACACUUCGCUUUUAUGAAUCAUUCUUUGUGGAAUGUGUCCCGGUUCUUUUAUCUGACCACGCCGAGCUGCCUUUCCAGAAUGUUAUCGACUAUGCCCAAGUAUCCAUCAAAUGGCCAUCAACUCGAAUAGGCGCAGAGUUUCUUGAUUACUUAGCUUCAAUAUCAGAUAAAGACAUAGAAGGAAUGAUAGCCCGAGGUCGGAAAAUUAGAUGUUUGUUUGUGUACGGUCCAGAUUCUGCACCCUGCAGUGCGGUUAAAGGGAUUCUAUGGGAGCUUCAACGCAAAGUGAGACAUUUCCAGCAAUCGACCGAGACGUUUUGGUUGCACAAUGGCAGUUUUGUGAAUAGAGAACUGGUCCAGUUCAGUAGCUGGAGACCUCCUAUGCCUCUACCUUGACCGGUUUCAACAUUCCACUAGAAUAUCUUGUUUUUACGAAAAAAUGAAUGAUAAAGUUGAGU